AUGCGGCAGAAGGCGGUAUCGCUCUUCUUGUGCUACCUGCUGCUCUUCACCUGCGUUGGCGUGGGGGCAGGUAAGGAUCCUGUGGGGUGGGAGGAGUGUGGGAUCAAGAAAGGAACGUUUCAGGAUCCCUGUCGCUCGGACAGUGACAGCGACUCGGGGUUCUGGAAGGCCCUCACCUACAUGGCGGUGGGAGGAGGGCUCGCGGUGGCCGGGCUGCCGGCUCUGGGCUUCACCGGCGCCGGCAUCGCGGCCAAUUCGGUGGCCGCCUCGCUGAUGAGCUGGUCUGCGGUCAUGAAUGGGGGCGGCGUGCCCGCUGGGGGACUGGUGGCCACGCUGCAGAGCCUCGGGGCUGGUGGCAGCAGUGUCCUCAUGGGCAAGAUCGGUGCCCUUCUGGGCUACACCACCCACAAGUAUUUAGAAAGCCAGGACGCGGAGGACGAGGAGUAACCAGCAACUACCAGGAUCCCUCUUUCCUCCUAGCCCUCCCUCUUCCAGCUAGAAUCCGAAUUUUGUUAUUCUUAUUGUUGUUGUUAUUCUUUGAAACGUGGUCUCGCUAUGCUGCCACUGCUAUUCACAGACGCAGUCAUAGCUCCCUGCAGCCUCGAAUGCCUGACCUCAAGCAAUCCUCUCUUCUUAGCCCCUGCAAGUAGCUGUGAUUACAAGCAAGCACCACCAUGCUCGGAAUAUGGAACUUUCUUGUCACUCUCCCCAGUGACCUAGAUGAGAAAACAGAAUAAACUUCUCUCGGAAAACA